AUGGAAGAAAUCAAGGGCGCCCUGGAUCAUAUCUGGUUGAUCAUCUGCGGAGCCAUGGUCAUGUUCAUGCAGGCAGGCUUUGCCAUGGUGGAGUCGGGUUGUUGCCGUGCCAAGAAUGUCCAAAACAUCUUGCUCAAGAAUCUGACAGACGUUUGCAUCGGUACUAUUGGCUGGUGGAUCUCCGGCUGGGCUAUCGCCUACGGUGGGCCGAUGAAGGAUGGCCUUCUGGAGAAUGGCUUCAUGGGUACGGAGCAGUGGUUUGGCAUUGGUUUCGUGAACUACGCGGGGGAUGGCAAGUUCGAACCUUCUACGAACAUGCUGAACUGGUUCUUCCAGUGGGCCUUCUGCUCUGCUGCCGCAACCAUUGUGAGUGGCGGUGUGGCCGAGCGCGUGAACUUUGGAGGGUACUGUCUCUACUCCUUCGCUAUGACAGCCUUCGUCUACCCGGUCAUUGUGGCAUGGACCUGGGGCUAUGGAUGGCUGGCAUCGAUUAAUAGCGUUGGCUUCAUGGACUUUGCCGGCAGUGGUGUGGUUCACAUGACAGGUGGUGUGGGUGCCCUGAUGGGUGCCAUCAUUGCCGGGCCACGGGCUGGUCGCUUUCAGAACCCAGACGAGUUUGGUCCCCACAGUCUGCCGUUGAUCACCAUGGGCACUUUCAUCUUGUGGUUCGGCUGGUACGGCUUCAACUGCGGCUCCACCCUCGGGAUGAACAGCAUCGGUCAAGGCUUCAUGGCCGCCCAUGUGGCCAUGAACACCACCAUUGCUGCUGCCACUGCGGGCCUUACUGUCUUCGUGCUGCGCCUGGUGAUGACCAAAGGGAAGUACGACAUCGGCGGCUUCUGCAACGGCAUUCUUGCAGGCUUGGUCUCGAUCACCGCUCCGUGCGGCAACGUGGAAUGCGGCAGUGCCUUUGCCAUUGCCCUCAUUGGAGCCUUUGUCUACCAAGGAUCUUCUUCGUUGCUCAAGAAGCUGAAGGUGGACGACCCGAUCGAUGCCUUUGCUGUGCAUGGUGCCUGUGGUGCAUGGGGCGUCAUGGCCGCUGCCCUUUUCGACUGGGGUGAGGGCUUCGACCUGCAUCACGGGUGGUCGGGCUUCGCUUGCACCGCCGACGACAGUGGCGCCUGCAUUUCGGGCGGGAACGGGGAUGGUUUUGCGGCGAACUUGCUCGAGGUGAUCAUGAUUACACUUUGGUCCGGCUUUUGGACGGCCCUCAUCUUCCUUCCACUGCGAUUCAGUGGCUUCCUUCGGGUGUCCGACGAGGACCAGGAUGCAGGCCUCGAUGCUGUGAAGCACUCUCCAAGCAAAGCCUACAGCAUCGAAAUCAACUCUACUGCUGUCACAACAGGCAUCGCUCUCGAGAAGGUUCAUCCCGAGAAGCCGGGCAUGCUGGGCAACGAGGAAAGUCCCCUGCCGCCAAGCACGGAAGCCUAA